UGAGCAAUGCGGAAAAAGUGACGCCUAAUUGCAUUCCAUUUCAACAAUUGGAAAAAGCAUGUGGAAAAAUUAAAUAAUGGCCGAUGCUGAUAAUUUAAACAACUUGUCGAAUGGCGAACUACGUGCACAGAUGUUGGCACAGGGAUUACCAAAUAUACCAAUCACAGGAAGCGGCCGCAUUGUAACGCAGGAUAUAACUUAGCCGACGGCUCCCAUGCUUGCAUUCCACGCAUUCCGAAGGAAACGUAGGUAUCAUGCGCAAUGGAGCUGUCGAAGGCACCAAACUCACGGAAACUGCAGCCAUGUCGCACGUGGUUUAUGGCUGGUUUCGCCAAUCUGCAUUUAGUUUGGCCCAUAAAUCUGUACAUAUUACGUAUUCGCAACCUACCUAAGUUGUACCUGAGAAAAAACGCUGCACACACAUUGGAUUCCAAAUCCGCUCUGUUCUCCGCCAGACGUUCUUCACAUAGUAGCCCUUCUCACUGCUUGCCUGCAGCUGUGCUCAUAUUGAUGAUUCCGUUGGGAAUGCAUUUUUGCAGCUAUUGCAGUCGAUUAGCUACUCAAAGCAGCAGCAUAAAACAAGCAUUAAUCAUGAACAAGUGGCUCAAGAUGGAUUCAAACAUCAUACUCCACCGCUUCUCACCUGCAUAGGGCGCGCCGUACAUGGAAAACCCCGAUAUCGAGCGUAUGAAAGUGUUUGCUGCGGACUACAUGGAUCGCCACGAUUAGUGGCGGCAUUGCUAGCACCGUCGGUCACGUCCACAGCCUUAGAUGGACAUGGAAAAUUGGAACAAAGGCGUAAAUCAGCUUGGUAACAAUUCGUUUGUAAAAUUUAAUAGCUAUUGCCAGCCAUUUCUAUAAUUUGGGUUAUGGCAUACUUUUAGGCAGGUCCAUUAAAGCAGUGCAAUAAUAUGCAGCGUCAAAUCGUUGCAUACUUUUGUGGUGCGCGGAAAAGUCCA